AUGCCCCCAAAGAAUACAACCAAGUCGGCAAAGGCAAAACAAAAGCCGCAAGAAGACCAGAGGGAAGAGUCAUUACAGGCAGUCGUUCUUGCCGACUCAUUUGAGACGAGAUUCAAACCUUUUACCCAGGAACGUCCAAGAUGUCUCCUUCCUCUCACCAAUACCCCGUUGAUUGAAUAUACUCUCGAGUUCCUCGCCAAUGCCGGCGUCCAAGAUGUCUUCGUAUACUGUGGGAGCCAUGCGGACCAAGUUGAAGACUAUAUUAACGCCUCGAAAUGGAAACUCAAGUCAUCUCCCUUCCGCGCUCUGACAUUGCUCAAGUCCACCGCAAGUUCUGUAGGCGACGCAAUGCGCGAUCUAGAUAAUCGCGACCUCAUAACAGGCGACUUCCUCCUUGUCUCUGGUGAUGUGGUCUCCAACAUGUCCAUUGAACCCGCUUUGGCAAAGCAUCGAGCACGCCGAGAAAAGAAUAAAGACGCUAUCAUGACAAUGGUGCUCCGGGAAGCGGGCACUGGCCAUAGGACCAAGAGCAAAGGCUCAAGACCAGUAUUCGUCAUCGACCCGGGUGCGGAAAGAUGCCUUUACUAUGAGGAGAUGGGUAGUCGCAGGGGUAGAAGCAGACAUAUCACCCUGGAUCCGGAAUUGCUUACAUCUAAUGCCGAAAUCGAUGUUCGGGAUGAUCUCAUUGAUUGCCACAUAGACAUCUGCACGCUUGAUGUUCUGGCACAGUGGAGCGACAACUUCGAUUUCCAAUCCCUACGCAAAAGUUUUCUACAUGGAGUGCUGAAAGAUUUUGAGACCUACGGGAAGACCAUACACACAUAUAUCGUGACAAACCAAUACGCUGCUAGAGUCAAGAGCUUACGCGCGUACAACGCCAUCAGUAAGGACAUUAUGGGACGAUGGGUCUACCCCCUUUGUCCCGACAGUAACCUUGUGCCUGAUCAGAGCUAUCGCUUUAGGAAAGGCAAGGUGUAUCAAGAAGAUGCAGUCGUGGUUGCGACGACGUCGAUUAAGAAGACGGCUAUUGGCAGUCAAACCAAUAUAGGGGAGGACAGUAUAAUCACUGGAAGUACCAUCGGAAGAAGAUGCAGGAUCGGGAACAACGUCAUCAUCGAGGGAGCCUACAUCUGGGACGAUGUUACUGUUGGAGACGGGUCCAUCAUCCGCGAAGCCAUUAUAGCCAACGAGACCACAAUAGGGAAAAACUGCACAAUUGAGUCUGGAGCAUUGAUCUCGUUUGGAGUGAGCUUGCCGGACCACAUUGGUAUCUCGAUGGAUCGCAAAAUCACUCGACAUCAAGAAAGCUUCUUCGAUAACAGGUUGGACCCUGAGGAUUCUGAUACCUCCAGCGUCGCAUCCUCCCGUCUCGUAUACCGCCAUCCUUCAGCUUCCAGCUCCGCUUCUUCUAUAUCUACACUGGCAUCCUUGAAUGACGAUUUGGAACCUAUACGAGACUCGUCCCGCCGUAGUAGCUUCCGUUCCGAUCCUUCAGACGACGCGGCGGAAACCCGAGAUUUCCAUCUGGAAGCAACCGCGAGCAUUCUCGAUGGCCUACAGAAAGGGGACCCCGCUGACACUAUCAUACUUGAACUGAAUGGCUAUCGCAUGUCCACAAAUGCAAGCCAACAUGAGGUACGCAAGGCCGUCGUGGCGGCUUUUAUGAAGAGAGUGUCUAGUCUUAGUGGUGAAGAUAAUGCAUCUGGGAUCAGUGCGCGCGAGGCUGUAAGGGAGGUCUUCAGCAAGUAUAAAGGACUUGUCGAGCGGACGAUGUUCGAUAAAGACGUGGAUGAAAAAGUCGAUCAAGUGGAUUUCUUGCUAUUGCUCCAGAAAGAGGCGUUUGGUCGACCAAAUGGAGAUCAGUUACUGUUGUUCGUGACCAAAGAGGUGUAUGACUCGGACAUCAUCGAAGAAGAUGGGCUGCUUCAGUGGUGGGACAAUGAGCGAAGUGCGGAAGGGGAGAUGGGAAAAGUGAGGGAUCUGACGGAGCAGUUCAUCACCUAUUUGAAAGAGGCCGAGGAGGAUGACGAAAGUGAAGAUGAAGAUGAAGAUGAAGAUAUGGAGGACUGA